UAAAGUUUUUUUAGGGUUCUUGUGUUAGGAAUAGCCACGUUCGAUAACUUUAUUGAAACUUAUAAAAACUUGGGCAUACGCUUGCUGCCAAAGCCGUAAUAAUAAAUUUCUGCUUGUAUUCAAAAUAUUAUUACCCAUGCCUAACAAAAAGUUCCCACCGCCUCCGGUGUUGAAGACAACAAUUAUCCAACUCAACAAGGAGUUGGAUCAACAUAAUAGUAGCUUCGAGAUAUUAACUGAUUACCACCACAAUGAUGAACAGGACCACCAAUUACCGUCUGAACUUCCAUUCUCUUCCCCUUUGAUGACAACGGGUGAGUCCAAGAAGAAAAGAAGAAGAUCCACCAGCAAUUUCAACGAAGAGGAGUUGGCAAAACGAAAGAUGGAAACCAAACAAUUACAUUCACUUAUCGAAAAGAGAAGAAGAAUCAAGAUCAAUAGAGAGUUUGAAGCCUUGAAGUAUUUGAUACCUGCUUGCAGAACUAGCAAGUCUCCUGGGGAGAAGUCCGUCAAUAAUAAUUCCAAGAUUGAUGGGAUGUACAAGUUGACAAUCUUGAAGAGUUCGGUUGAAUAUAUCAUGUACCUUCACCAUUUAAUACAGAAACAACUGGAGUUACUAAGACUGUCAGAUGCUGAGUUUGACUUUGACAAUACCUUCACUAAAUAUCCUUUGAAUGUCAACGAUUAUAGAAACAUCGACAAAGAUUUCAGCUUCAAGAAGUUACUAGAGGAAGCAAACGGCCAAUUGAGUGUCGACCACAACGAAUUGACAGGAUUGGGAAGCAGCAGUAGCAGAAGUUCAACCAGCUCUGGAAACCUACCAAUUACUUUCGAAGAUACCAAUCUCGAAUUCAAUGACAAUGAAGAUGAAGAUUCUUUCCAGCUCCCUAGCCCCAUUAUAACACCCGACAUGCCUCCUAACAGAUUCAGAUACAACUCAAAGUUCCAGUUACCUGAUCCGGCCUUGUCGUUACCACAAAAGAAGCUUUUCAAAAGCCCUCCUAAACUGGUUGUUAUAAAUGGGGAUAUUGAUGAAGAAAUUAAUGCCACCAAAACGUUACUUAGCUUGAGAAAGAGUUCAAUUGACAACUUGUUGAAUUGAUUUACGUACGUGAAUAAAGAACUUUCCUAUGGUCUUCUGUAGAGCAAGAAUCCGGAUUUAACACCCACCUUGGUGUACAAUAACUGUGCACGAUGGUUUUCAAAUUGAGUUGACCAGUAGACGUUGGGACAGUUCAAUUUGUCAGCUUCACCAUAAACAUAUUCGAUCAACUUUCUUCCUACCCCUCCUAAUCGGCUGUUUGGACUAACGUAUAAGUCUCCCAAGUAGGUCUUGUCUUGUUCAGACCAAGUGUAGAUAUGAGUGAGGUACGUGACAAACCCAAUUAAUUCUCCAUUCACCUCUGCAACUGCCGCGUAGGAAGCAAUAUUGGGAUCUAAGAACCUAGAAAAAGUAUUUUCAGUUGCCUCUUUGGUGACUUUAUCAAGGCCCUUGUAGAAUUCGAGGUACGAUUGUUCAGGAUCACACCACAAUUUAGUCCAGGCCUCUUUAUCUUUCAAUUCAAUUGGUCUAAUAACUACUGACAUUGUUAGGAUAUUAUUUUCUCAAUGAUAAGGUU